GAUUGCAAGCGACUUGUAUGCCAGGCCGCGGCAAAUAAAGAUACAAAGAAGCUCAGACGGCUAUUAGAGAACGGGAUCCAGCAUUCUCAACGAGGCCUUUUCGAUACGACGCCCCUGUUACAAGCUGCGCAGAAUGGCCAGCGGGAGACCACAUGUCUGCUACUGGAACAUGGUGCCUCUUUAUCGGAACAGGACGAGCAUGAACGAACGGCAUUGAAUUUUGCAUCGGCAAGCAGGCAUGCAAAGGCAGCAAAUGAUCUUCUCUUAUACGGGGGGGAUAUAUCUCCUAUUAAUAAGAAGGGGCAGACGUUCUUAUGCUUGGCAGUGCUGACUGAUCAAGGCCAUCGAGGGAUAAUCAACGUGCUGAUUGACCAUAGAGCUGAAGUAGGGUUGGUGGAUAAGCUUGGCCAGAUACCAUUACACCGUUCUGCCUGCUUGGGAUACAGAGCGGCAACCAAACUCUUGGUUGACAGAUGGUCAGUAAUAACGACAGAGGACUAUAAUGGACGUACGGCGCGCGAUUUGGCUGAAGGUUCAGUACAUGCAAUCAAGGCUCUCAAUGUUGAAGAGCUGGAUUUUUAUAUGUAUUAA